GGUGAGACUGCCCCGUGUUGUGAGCAUGCUUCUAUGUUCACGACACGAGUAUCCUGGAUUGUUAAACAAUACUGUGACAUGAGCUAUGCGCGCUGGACCGAUGUCCCAGAAGCCAUGAAAGAGGAGCUCAUUGAUCGUGUUCGGUCUGACUUCGUGCUCGACUGGGAACGGGAAAACCACCGAUUGACGGUGACAAAGGCACUUCGUAAGCGCUUCAACUCCUUCCAUCACGAUUUGCACAAGAUUUACCAAUCAUUUGAAAGCCAUGAAGAGGCGUUAGCUAGUGGGACAAGCUUGGUGGACCCUCUUGUAUGGGUCAAGUUGUGUGGAAGGUGGGGCAGUGAUGCAUUUAAGAAAAUUUCAUCUCAAAACCGGGAGAACAGGAAGAAGCAGGCAAUUAAUCACACAUCAGGACGUAAAUCAUUCGUCCGAAUCCUUGAGCAAAAGCGCGCUGAGAAUGGAAAUUUGGUUGACUUCUAUAAAGAGACGCGCUGGUCGAAGAAGAAGAACAAGUUUGUGACAGAUGCUACAGAAGAAACAUACAAGGAGAUGACAGGUAGGUUGGAUGGCCUAGAACCAGAGCAACGUAAUGAUGAGGCAGCAGCGACUGUCUUCAGGGAGGUCCUUGGCCAUCGACCUGGAUAUGCGCGAGGACUCGGGGAGAUGGUCAUUCCCGAGUCAAGUAGACAACGUGACCAACUUAAGAUGCAAUGCUACCUGUCUGAGAUUGAAAGACACAAGAAAGACUCUAAACAACAUAAGAAAGAUGCUGAAGCGUAUAAGAGUCAGCUGGAUGAAAUGAGAUCAGAGAUGCGGGCUCUUAGGGCGCAUCAGAUGCAGACUGAUAGAUUGCUUCAGGAGUUCUUUAAGGAUCAUCCUUCAUUCACUGAGUCGUAUCGACAGACUCAGUGUAACGAUUCCCCCGACCCAUAAGGGGGGUGACAUGCUCCUUGGUUUUUUGUACUGGAUUGGGUGGUUUUUUG